AUUUAGACAGAGCAAGUCUACUGAGGUCAGUCAAUUCACAGCCUACUUGGUGGACUUCAAUAGACACGUAUUUGGCAUUUUCACUGUCGUCUGGUUAUGGCAUUUUCUUCAUAUUUCCCGAUUAUCUGUGCUUUACUCAUCAGCUCAUGUUCUGCUAAUGACACCACAUCACCUGUAACCUCUGAGCCUACUGAGACAACCAUAAUAGACCAAACAUUUACUCAGACUGAAAUAUUAACUGCAACACUCAAACAGACAACUUCGUCACCUGGAUAUACAAGCUCCACAAACACAGUAACUGCUGAGUCUGCUGAGACCAUUGUGCCUGAUCAAACCAGUCCAAGUCAUUCAGUCACGUCUGAGCCCAUUGAAACAUCAGCAGCAAGUGACUCAACCAACCCCACUGACAAAGUAACCCCUGAGCCUGCUGAGACAACCACAAUACAGGAAACAACUGCUCAGGCUGAUACAUUGACAUCAACACCCAAACAGACAACUUCAACACCUGAAUAUACAAGCUCCACAAACACAGUAACUGCUGAGCCUGCUGAGACCACCUCAGUGCCUGAUCAAACCAGUCCAACUCAUUCAGUAACGUCUGAGCCCAUUGAGACAUCAGCAGCAACUGACCCAACCAACCCCACUGACAAAGUAACCUCUGAGUCUGCUGAAACCACCUUUGUGCCUGAUCAAACCAGUCCAACUCAUUCAGUAACGUCUGAGCCCAUUGAAACAUCAGUAGCAACUGACUCAACCAACCCCACUGACAAAGCAACCCCUGAGCCUGCUGAGACAACCACAAUACAGGAAACAACUGCUCAGACUGAUACAUUGACAUCAACACCCAAACAGACAACUUCAUCACCUGAAUAUACAAGCUCCACAAACACAGUAACCUCUGAGUCUGCUGAAACCACCUUUGUGCCUGAUCAAACCACUCCAACUCAUUCAGUAACGUCUGUGCCCACUGAAACAUCAGCAGCAACUGACCCAACCAACCCCACUGACAAAGUAACCUCUGAGUCUGCUGAAACCACCUUUGUGCCUGAUCAAACCACUCCAACUCAUUCAGUAACGUCUGAGCCCAUUGAAACAUCAGUAGCAACUGACCCAACCAACCCCACUGACAAAGUAACGUCUGAGUCUGCUGAGACCACCUUUGUGCCUGAUCAAACCAGUCCAACUCAUUCAGUAACGUCUGAGCCCAUUGAGACAUCAGCAGCAACUGACCCAACCAACCCCACUGACAAAGUAACCUCUGAGUCUGCUGAAACCACCUUUGUGCCUGAUCAAACCACUCCAACUCAUUCAGUAACGUCUGAGCCCAUUGAAACAUCAGUAGCAACUGACCCAACCAACCCCACUGACAAAGUAACCUCUGAGUCUGCUGAGACCACCUUUGUGCCUGAUCAAACCAGUCCAACUCAUUCAGUAACGUCUGAGCCCAUUGAAACAUCAGUAGCAACUGACUCAACCAACCCCACUGACAAAGUAACCCCUGAGCCUGCUGAGACAACCACAAUACAGGAAACAACUGCUCAGACUGAUACAUUGCCAUCAACACCUGAACAGACAACUUCAUCACCUGAAUAUACAAGCUCCACAAACACAGUAACUGCUGAGUCUGCUGAGACCACCUCAGUGCCUGAUCAAACCAGUCCAACUCAUUCAGUAACGUCUGAGCCCACUGAAACAUCAGUAGCAACUGACUCAACCAACCCCACUGACAAAGUAACCCCUGAGCCUGCUGAGACAACCACAAUACAGGAAACAACUGCUCAGACUGAUACAUUGACAUCAACACCCAAACAGACAACUUCAUCACCUGAAUAUACAAGCUCCACAAACACAGUAACUGCUGAGUCUGCUGAGACCACCUCAGUGCCUGAUCAAACCAGUCCAACUCAUUCAGUAACCUCUGAGCCCAUUGAGACAUCAGGUACACCAAAACAAACUACUCAGACUGGCACAUUACCGACACAGCUUACAGAAACAACUUCACCAUUUCAGUCUACAACUGACACCACCGAUACUGAAUCAACUAGUGCGAAAGCAACAACUGAGCCUCAUGAGACCACAGUGGCCCUGAAACCAACCAGUCCAGCUGUUUCAGUAACAUCUGAACCUAUACAGACCACAUUAUCCACUGAAGCAACCUCUACAGCAACCAAACUACCAACUAAUCCAGCAACCACUCCUCCAGUGCAACCUUCAACAACUAUAACAGCCACACCAGUUAUCUGCCAAAAUGGUGGUUCUCCCAAUGGAUCUUCCUGCUUAUGUCCUCCUACAUUCAAUGGAGACUUCUGUCAGUAUGUUGAUAAUGUUAUUCAGCCAGAUGAACUCGACCAAGCAGUGGUAGUUAAUGUGGUGAUCGAUCAGGAAUACAAUGAAGACUAUGAAGACGAUACAACACCCAAAUACAAAGAAUUGGUUGGAAACUUCACUAUGCGGAUGAAGGCAUAUUACCUGGGAAUUGGCGUACCGUGUAAAGAAGUUGUAGUAACUGAUGUCAGCCCUGGAGGGAAUAAGAUGAGAUUAUCAGCUGAAGCCAUGGCUAUCUAUACUACACCAAGAGAAAAUGGUAUUAGUAUCACACAUGAGGUGAUUUUGGAAAUUCCAAAUAAUGCCAGCUCUGAACAAAUAUAUGCAGCAGACCUCGACACAAUCAGAGACGCUCUUAAUGACCUUCAAAACUGCACCGUAGGGUCUUCUGAAUCUUCAGCAGAUUGCCCUUACAAUAUCAUAGGUGAUCCGACAGUAGAUGGAACAGAGGUAGAUUUGAAAGGUUUUUGUAAAAAAUUAUGGGGUGAUUCAGAUCUUGCACAGUACUUUACAGUUUACAAUAAUAGUGGAAUUAUCAAAUGUGUGAGUCAAUGUGAGAAAGAGCAUGAGCAGUUUAAAGGAUGCAACGGUCAUGGAACAUGCAGACUGUACAGCGGCACUGGACCUCUUUGCGAGUGUAAUGAGAUGGAUUCAACCUGGUACUUGGGAGAAGAGUGUGCGUUACCUAUAGAGAAAAUUGCUUUUUUUGCAGGGUUAAGUGUGACCCUUGCUUGCCUGUUAGUGACUGUGGCAGGUCUGACUGCGUAUGUGCUCAUAAACAAACGCAACCAAACAAAGAAGAAAGACAUUAAAGAAAAGCUGGUGAACGAGUGGCUGAAUGAAGACAUGGAGUGGUCCAGAGCCAACAGUCCACAGAACACAUUUAAUGCUGGAGAUUAUAAAAACCCUUCAUUCACACAUGAAGAAUCAGGCAUCCGCCGAGACGAUCUCAGGGAUUACAAACGACCUAUACCUCUUCACCAGCUGUCCCAACCAUCUUCAUAUAACAGCACCAAACCGUUGAGGCUGCUAAUGAGCACGCGACCCAUGCCACAAACAGCACACAGGCAGGAGACUGCAUUUUCUAAUGCCAGAUACUUGCAGUCUCCCACUCCAGCCCAACCCCACGAUGACUUCUCACGCAACCAGCCGAUGAGGAUCAGCAGGCCUCAGAUCAGGAAAUCCUGGGAUGCCUGAGAAGUGCAUUGAGAGCUCAGGCUCCACUGUUCUUAAAAUGAUGACUUCAUCCUUUUGUGUCUUGUAUUUCUUUGUAAGCUAUUUAUACCUGGAUCUGACAACAGUGAAAAGUGUGGACACAUCCACACGACCCCCCCCCCCCCCCCCCCCCCCCCCCCAUAUUAUACAAUGAAGAUCAAAACUAAGGACAUCAAAACUAUGAAUUAAACAUGGGGCAUUUUGUGGUAAACAAAAAGGCGAACACAAACUAUAUUUUAAAUGUUAGAUUUUUUAAAGUGUCUGGCUUUUGCUUUGAUAAUUUCCCAUUUUUAUCUUCAUGAGGUCAUCUCUUAGAGGUUUUCCAACAGUCCAAAGGAGUGCCCAUGCUGACUUCUUCUUGGCUACUUUUCUAUAACCCUGACCUCGACCUCAUUCCCAAACCAUCUCAAUCCGAUUGUGGGAACCACAUCACCUGCUUCUCUGCACUUCUUGGUCUUACAGAGCCUGGUGCCCGAUGUCCUGCUUAAAAAAACACAUGAAGAUCCCACUAAGCUCAAACCAGAUUGGAUGGUGUGUUACAGCAGGAUAUUGUGGUUAAGUGUUGCCUUGCAUUCUGAUUGAAUCUAGAGCAGUGUUACUUGUAAAACCACACAUCACAGCUCAUCACCCAUGCUUGAUGUGGGAACCAGACAUGCAGAAGACAUCUUUUCACCUUCUCUACAUCUCACAAACACACUGAAACCAAAAAAUCUCACAUCUGUACUCAUCCUACUCGUAUUCAGAUUGCCAUUGGUCUAAUGUCAAUUAAUGUUUUGGGGUGCAAGUAGUUCUCUCUUUCCUGGCAGCCCUUCAGUAGUGGUUUCUUUGCAGUAGACUCUUGAAGAAAUGAUGUUAAGAUGUGUCUGCUGCUUGGACUCUGGGAAGCACUGAUCUAGAUUCUAAUCUAAGAUAUUUUUAAUUCUUGAUUUUUGACAGAGGUAACUCUGAAGAUCUUUUCUGCAGCAGAGGGAAACUUUGGUCUUCUUCUUCUGGGGUGGUUUUCAUGAGAAUCAGUUUCAUUGCAGUGUUUGAUCGUUUUUGCAACUGUACAUUUUUUUCAACCUUCUGACUUCCAUAUCUUAAGGCAAUGACAGAAUGAUGCGUCUCUUUACUUAGCUAAGCUCUUUACUUACAACCAACAAUAUGGAUUACUAGACUAGGUGAAUAGGUCUACUUGCCAGUUACUAAUGUGACCUCGGCACAUUACAGCUGAUCGUUUCAGCCACAUGAAGUUAGCAAAAAAAUUUUAGAUUGCAAGCAAAUAUGAACUAUUAAACAUUUUGAUUUUACACUUGUUUGCUCACUAUUUAUGUGUUAUUUCCUGUUUUAAAUGUCUUCAGUAUAUUUCAACUGUGUCUAAAAUGGUAAACAUGAAGGCACACCCUUGAAGUUGUGUCCAAGCUUUCUGUAAGUGCUGUAUUUAUUUAUGGUUUUAUGUGACAGCCCUGUCAAAAAUGUUACCUAUUUACGCUUGUAAUGUUUAAUUUUCUUGAUACUGUGUUGGUAAAGCGUUGAUUCAUGCCUGUGGUACAUUGUAAUGAAUAUAAUAACAGAUUUUUCUAAUACAUAUAAAUAAGAAACACCUCUCAGCUAUCAACUUGGCUUUUGGUCAACAAUUAUCAAACUUUGAAAGUAGAUCAUUAUUCAAGAGGGCUGAAGUAUAUUGACUUGCAGUUGAUAAUGAUAUCAAACUGACAAUAACAUAUAUAGUAAAUGGCAAAGCUAAGGAUCAGGGAUCAAUUUUGUUUGGAAAAUAUUUGUUUAGUGGGCAAACGAGACUUUAUUUAUAGUGUAGAAUAUCAAGGAUAUUGUCAUUUUUACAUCCCUGAAAUUGUUUUGAUCUUGAUUCUUUGGACGCACUUUAUAUAAAUAAAAACUUUCAGUGGUUAUAAAAGUC